UUUGAGUGAGCGACAACAAAAUCGCGUUGUUUUCGAGUAUAUACACGUGUUUUUUCUCCUCUCCAACAUGUCGGCAUCACCUAUGGCAAGACAAGUGACCGAGAGUAAGGCCAUUCCGACUAAAAAAGUCCUUAUCAACGACCCCUCUGAACUGCCAUCGCAUUAUUCCUCCACGCCGGGAGGCACCCUCUACUCAACCACUCCGGGAGGUACGAAAAUAGUCUACGAGAAGGCUUUCUUAAUGAAUUUACGCAACUCUCCUAUUUCGAAAACUCCUCCGAGUUACGGAAUCCCUGAACACUUGAUGCGGGGAAAAACGAAUUGUAACGGAGUCCCCAGCAGACGGUUUUCACCUCCGACUAAAAACCAUUCAGCGAAAAUCGAAGAUUCGCACGACGAACACCAGUUCCAAAUCGACAUUUAGUUCUAAGUUUUUGUUUAGUUUUAGUAUUUUCUUAUGUAUUGUGAGAGGAUACUCGAAGUCAUACUUGAUCUUAUCUGAUCAAAAGAUUGAGUUUUAUUGUUACAAAAGUUAAAACGUAGAAAAUUGACAACUGAUAAGGAAUUUUACAAUGGCGAUAAGUCGCACGACUUAAUAAUUACACAAAAUGAGGACACUUUUGCCGUUUUAAGAUUUGUUAUUGUAUAUUUUCUUUUGUAUUAUUUAAUGCUUUUCGUAAUAAAACUUAAAAAAAAUGAGCGUUUUAU